AUAGCUGGGGAACUCCCUGUCGCUUUCGGAUGACGUUAGGCGCCGGCGCCGCACGUGGUGCAGUAGGCAAGGGAAGAGGCUGGAAGCCGGACGAGUUUGUAAGGCGUUGGCUGUGCGUGCAAAGAAGGCAAUGGGCAAGAACAAGGGAAAAAGUCAGAAGCCGAUGAAUGUAUUCCAUGUGGCCAACAAGAAAAUUGCAAAGGUUAAAAGGAAAGCAAAGCCAGUGACAACAAAUCUAAAAAAGAUUAAUAUUGUGAACGAUGAAAAGGUUAACAUGGUGAAUAAGGUAUUUACAGAAGUACAGAAAGAAGUUAAGCAAUUGUCCAAAGCCAUUUCAUCAGACUCUCCAAAGAGCUUUCAGAUUCCAAAAGCUAUGGAAGGUGAACCAGCCAAUGUGGAUACUGCUACUGACUUGCUGUCCCAAUUGUAGCACCAAAUAGUAUGAAGCGGAAGGGACAGCUCACAACCAGCUUAUACAAUUUGGAAAAAGCAACUGGAACGCCUCUGAUGGAAUAAAAAAAGACAUGAGAUGCAAUGGUCUUCAGGCAACAGCAGAGACGUUGCACGAGUUAUUUAAGAUGAAGACUCCCAUCCAUAUGGUGCACAUAUAGAAGGGGGCUAAGUCAUUUUUCUGAACAGGUGGGCUAAAAUUGUGGGCCUCUGAAACAGCAAGUGCACUGAAGUGAAGCAACCAUUUUUUAAAAAGCCUAUCAACCACAAUUAUAAAAUUAAAAUUUC